AUGGGACUGACCUUAUCUGUACGAGCUUUUCCUGGGGCCUGUGGAGCGGGCAGUCCAAGCUGGGUGUGGGUCCCAGAGCAGCACAAGGCAGUCCCACUCAAGGAAAGGGCCCAGUCAAGGCCCCCGGGCACACCCAGGCAGAGUGACAGAAGGGGAGGGAAAGAGGCCAGCGGGAGGGAAGGGAUAAGGUCGUGUGAGGUCGUGGAGGAGGAGGAGGCCAUUCGCAUUUCUGCCAGGCACCUGUUACUCCCAGUGCCAGGAAGGCUGAGAAGUGAAGAACACACAGCAAAGUCUUCUGAUGGGGCCGUUAAGCUCAGCCAGUGUAGAGUCCACCCUCACCCGAGACACUCAAUGUAGCUCAGUCACCGCACAGCACUCUGCAGUAGUGGACAGGUGGGGGCAGCCAAAGCCUGCCCAGCCAGCAGCCAGGAGACUGGGCCUAUACUUCCACCAACCCACACCCCUGCUCUGCCAUCCCUGUGGCUGGUGCCGGGGAAGUGGACCUGCCAGAGCCCGUCUGUUCCUGUCUGUCGGCCGACGUGCCCGGCAAUUCAGGAGGAGCCUAGUGGGCCGAGGCUGGGGGAGGGCCGGGAGGGUGGGAGGAGGAGUGAAAUAUAGAAUAAGGGGGCCUGCAAGGCGGCUGGGAAUAAGGGGCCUGCAGGCGGCUGGGGUGCCCCAGAACAAAUGCAUUUGCCUCAGGCCUUUGCCCCGUUACUCUAG